GAUUGUGAUUUUUUUGAGAAAAAAAAACAAGUUUGUUGGGAAAGAAUUUUAAAUUUCCGAAAAAUAAAACUUCAAAUUAAAAUAAUGGCUGACGAAUACGAGCAUGUAAGUAAAGGGAAGUUGAAGCUCAAAUGUGAUUCGGAUUCGAAGAAGAAGAAAAAGAAGAAGAGCAAAAGCAAGGACAAGGAAAAACUUCGCGAAAAGGUUGAAAAAACUCUGGAACAGAGCGGAGGCUCAUCAUCCACGGCCAGCAGCAGCAAUAACCAGAGUCGUCCUCAGGGUCGGGUGCUUACAAAAGCUGAACAGUCCUUCAAACAAAUGCAAGAAAAAAUGCAAAAAAAGCGAAUAAUGGAAAAGGCUUCAAUGACCCACAAACAGCGAGUGGAAAAAUUCAACCAACACCUGGACAGUUUGACAGAGCAUUUCGACAUUCCGAAAGUUUCCUGGACGAAGUAAAUCGAUUUCGAUUUGGAUUCAAUCUCUGUUUUUUACGUUUAUAAUAAGUUAAACAAAAUUUACUGAAAAACAAUCGAACUUCGGCAAAAAA